AUGCCUACUACAAGUACUUUAACUCAUUUUCGUUGUACAAUUUGUAAUAGUAAGAGGACCUUUAAGUCAAAAGCUGGUUUGCAACGACAUGAAAGUUUGAAAUAUUAUAAUUAUAAGAAAAUUCCUGCACAUAUUUUGUUAGUUCCAGAACAUGAAUUUCACCAUAUCAAAAAUACUAUGGUAAAAGAGUUACAAAAACGGUUAAAAAAUCAUUACUCAAAGGUUGGAAAGCAGGUGUUUUCAAUUCAUUGUAGUGAAAAUAGUUUUGUUGACAUUUUUGGUCAAUAUUUAACCCGGUAUUCUGUUUGCGGGGGCUGGUAUCAAUGUUUUUUUGAUGGAGAAGAAGCAAUCGAUCAACUAACAGAAAUAUUUGGAGAUAAUCAAUGGGCAGAAAGAAAUUACGGAAAUGGACAAUUAUCGUGGAUUAAAUUAUAUGAAAAUGAGUUAAUCACAUGUCUUCCUAAGUUGGAACUUGUUUUAAUCGCAGCAAUAACCAGCAAUGAUGUACAAGAUAUCCUUGAACUUUACUCAAAACCUUCAAAUUCAACAGACAUACCUGUACCAAAUGGAAUAUCUCGAGAACUUUUUCAGUUAAUAGGUGGUCCACCUCCAAUAGCUUUUGUAAAGCCUCAAAACCGAAUUUGUAUUCAAAGGCCGUUCAUUGGUAAUUGA